CACAGUGUGUCUACUGCAGCCACCAGUCUCACUGUGUCCUCUGUAAGCAUGCUGCACUUCAGCACCGCGCUCUUGUUGGCAGCAGCCUGUCUGGUUGUUAGCACAGCUGCACACAAAGCUACCACAUGUGGGAACCAUGUUCACCGUCUGAGCUGUGAAACCGGAGUGAUCCUUGUGCAGGAAUCCCUGUACGGACGUGCAGACACGCAGACAUGUGCUGGAGGAAAAGCUGAAAGUGAGGUCACUAACACUGAGUGCUCUCUGCAGGGCGCUGAUGACAUCAUUAAGACUAGGUGUAAUGGCAAGAAGGUGUGUGAAGUCACCCCGGCUAUCUUUACAACAGAUCCCUGCAGCGAGACGUUUAAGUACCUGGAGACCAGCUACUCCUGUGUGCCAGCAACUCACCUCAUAACAUGCGAGCAUUCCCUGGCACAUCUGAAAUGCGAUGAUGGGCAAGUUAUACAUGUCUACCAAGCUGAUUUUGGGCGUCGUGAUCCAAACAUAUGCUCCUUCCGACGGGAUAACCAGCGGCUCCAAAAUGUCAAGUGUUCACUUCCCACUGACAAGGUUGCUGAACGUUGUAAUGGGAGAAACAGCUGCAGCAUGAGAGCAGCUCCCUCAGUGUUCGGUGACUCUUGCCCCAACACCUACAAGUACCUGGAGCUGACUUACACCUGUCGCAGUCCUUAA